AAUAUGGUGAUAAAAAGUUGUUUUUUCCACAAGAUUUUACACUAGGUUCUGCGUGGAUACUCUACACAUCUUUGGGUAUUAAACACUAAAGAAAAUUCUUAGUACAAAAAGAUUAAAAAUGAAAUGUUUCGUGAGCAAAGGCAAAGGUGCAUGUUAGCAUGUGUCAUGUGUGUUGGAAGAGAAAUAGUAAAAUUUAUUCUCGCGGUACUUUGCUUCCAAUAUUUUGCCAAAGCAAGUGGUAAUAUACGCAGAAAUUUUGCAACGAAAUCAAGGUAUCCACAAUAUAAUGAUGAUAAUCAUGAUAUCGUCAAGGUUCCAAACGGAUGCUCUCCUUUGCAUCUUAAUAUGGUGCUCAGGCAUGGUACAAGAUACCCUGGGAAGAAAGACAUAAAAGGAAUGGACGAAUUGGCAGGUUACAUCAAUCAGUUUCACAACAAAGAGACAACAUAUGGAAAUUUAAAGAUGCCAUGGGUCAAUCGCUUCAAAUAUGGUGAUAAGUUCCUCGCCAAAGUUGGUGCAGAGGAAUUGUAUAACAUCUCAAGAAGAAUACGGAGAAAAUUUCCAUCACUUUUCUCUCCUAAAUACUCAGGAGAACAACACUACUUUGUCAGCACAAUGACGCCACGGACCAGUCAAAGUGCCUCAGCUUUUUCCUUUGGUCUCUUUGAAGGAACAGGUGUGCUCGGACCCUCAAAAUUCCAGCCUGUUGCUAUAACAACCACCAACCUAACAGAACCCCUGUUGAGAUUUUUUGAUAUUUGUUCGGAAUAUAUACAGAGAGUGUCAGAAAAUAAAGAGAUAUCAUUGGUUGAAUUUCAUAAGUUUAAGGAUGGUGAAGAGAUGACAAAUUUGAAGGCAGCCUUUGCCAAGAGACUAAAUAUUACCGACCAUUCAGGCCUUACAUCUGCUCAUAUUCAAUAUAUAUUCUUAUCAUGUGCUUAUGAACUUGCAAUCUAUGGCGAUGGGCAAUUAUGCAGCAUACUGCAUGAUUCAGAGUUGGACAUUAUUGAGUAUAUGUAUGACAUUAAAAACUACUGGAAACGUGGUUAUGGAUAUAAAAUAAACUAUGAUAUGAGCUGUUUAUUACUCAAAAACCUAACCGAAUCAAUAGAAAAUGUUGUGAAAUCUUUAGGGACAUCAGUUGCCUAUACUCAAGCAAUAUUUCACUUUUCCCAUGCAGAAACAAUCAUCCCAUUAGUUUGUCUAAUGGGAUUAUUUAAAGAUAAUGAACCGCUUUUAGCAAAUAACUACAGGAAACAAAAGAACCGUCAGUUUAGGACGGCCAACAUUGCACCGUUUUCUGGAAACAUUGCAGUUGUUCUAUAUUCAUGCAAAAGUGAUGAUGAAAAAUCUGGCAUGUUCUAUGUUCAAGUACUAGCCAAUGAAAUACCUGCUGCUUUGCCCUGUUGUGACGCAAAGGAACUGUGUCCACUCAAUCAAUUUAGAGCUUGUUUUAGACACAUUGUUGAACAGUGUGAUUUACAUAGUAUAUGUAAUAGUCCAUCAAAUCACAAUGAACUUUGAUCAUGUAGCAUAUAUUAUCAAUGUAU